CGCGCGCCUCCUCUUCCUCCUGUUCCUCCUCCUCUCGGUGUAUUUCAGCCGCUGCUCGGCGGCUCAGCCCCUCACUGCUGGGCGUUACACACACGGAGAAAACAUGGCUUCUAACCGGGUCAUCGUGUACGGUGGAAGGGGUGCUCUGGGCUCAAAGUGCGUCCAGCACUUUAAAUCCAAAGGAUGGUGGGUCGCCAGCAUCGACAUGGCUUCUAACGAGGAGGCAAAUGAAAAUGUGAUCGUGAAGUUGACUGAAUGUUUCACCGAGCAGGCAGGACAGGUGACGGCAGAUGUGGCCCAGCUGCUGGGGGAGCAGAAGGUGGACGCCAUCUUGUGCGUGGCAGGCGGAUGGGCAGGAGGAAACUGUAGUUCCAAAGACUUCUACAAGAACACGGAUCUGAUGUGGAAACAAAGCGUGUGGACGUCCACCAUCUCCAGCCACCUUGCUGCUCUCCACCUGAAAGCCGGAGGUCUGCUGACGUUGGCUGGAGCCAAGGCGGCCCUGACGGGCACCGGAGGCAUGAUGGGAUACGGCAUGGCCAAAGCUGCCGUCCACCAGCUGUGUCAGAGUCUGGCUGCGAAAAACAGCGGGAUGCCUCAGGGAGCUGCAGCUGUCGCAGUCCUACCCGUUACCUUGGAUACGCCGAUGAACAGGAAGUUCAUGCCUGACGCAGACUUCAGCUCCUGGACGCCGCUGGAAUACAUUGCAGAAAUGUUCUUGGGCUGGGCCACGGGGGAGAACCGUCCAGCUUCAGGAAGCCUGAUGCAACUCCUCACUGCUGGAGGAGAAACUCGGGUUGCUGCUGCUCCGUAGAGGAGGUGGGGAGAGGAGGAGGGACAGACGAGAGAUGACCAGAUGGGUGUCUUGUGGGGGGAAGGAGGAGUUUUUUUUUUUUUUUUUUGUUUAAAGCAGCCUCACAGCGCCAUCUAGCUGUAGAACACCACAACUGUAACGGACAAUCUGUGGAAAAUUAAUGAAAACAAACAGUUCAUCAGUGGAGCAUUGCAACUUAAUCACAGUUUUCAAUAGUUUAAAGAUCAGCGACGUGAAGUGGUGAGUUUAGAAGUGUUGGAGUAUCACAUACCAAUCUAUUAGACUCAUUAAGGGGGGGCUGGUGUGAAAACAGGAGCUAAUGAUGAUUCAUGCAGGGCAGGUUUGAGGGGAAAGUUUUCUGCAGAACUUCAUCACGUCUCAGACUCUUCAUGUUAGCUCGUUGUUAAGUAUGUGCUACGUCCGUAGUUUUCUUCUGCUGCUCGUGUUCUGUGAAGGCGCUGUGCCGCUGCAGUGAGUCCAGGGACGCUGCCGCCGCCUCAACGCUACGCGUGGCGUGGCUUUGUUUGAGUAUUUGUACCUUUUUUAAAAUGUUCUGUGUCCCCUCCGUACAAAAUACAUGUUCUGAUCCUGAUGGUGAGUUUUCUAAAUGUCUUGUAGCUAAAAUUCACAAUAAACUGCAUCAGGAAUAAACGGACUCAACAUUUCUAAA